CCAAUCUUAGAACACUCUUCCCCCCACAUCAUACAUCUUGGAACACAUAUGUAUAUUCGGACACUGCAACUAAAAUAAAAUUCCACAUUAUACCAUCCACCAGGGCAGGUGUGAUCGCCUCCAGCCAUGACCUCCAAUUCGCUGACAAGACGCAGUUCGGCGGACAAUGAGCAGGCCCGGUGCCGACAGGUGGAGAACGCUGCCCUACACUUGCCCAGCUACGCCGACCGGUACACAGACAUCCCCCGCCUUACUCGCCUCAAGUUCAUCGCCCAGGUGUGUCCCAAGCUGCGGGUCCCGGCGCUAGAGCUGGCCAUUGACCACGUGAAGACCACCUACAACGUGAAACUCUACGACGAGCUAUACAAGACCCUGUGCGCCGAAGUGGGGGCGCUGGCUAGGAAGCAGCCGGCGAACGACGACGAGGCCAGCACCUCCAGUGGCAGGAACCGGCGCGCCCAGCCGUACGACACCUUCUGGGUGGAGGACAACACCAUUGAGUCUAGCUUGAUGCUCCAGGAGCUGGACGCCGAGCUAAACUUUAAGAAAUCGAACUCGGGCAGUGCCAAUGUGAGGCGAAUUCUGGAGGAGAUCGGCGACUACCAUGAAAAGAGCGGAAACCUGCAAAUGGCCAUCAAGUUCUAUGCUCGAGCCAGACCCUACUGCACCAGCAGCGACAACGUGAUCAACAUGUUCCGCAACCUCAUCCGGGUAUCCAUCUACAUGGCCAACUGGUGGUACGUGCUCACCUACAUCGACGAGGCCAAACAGUACGCCUUCGGUUACGAGAACCUGUCCCAGGAGGUACCGGCCCGACUAAGCUGUGCUGCCGGGCUGGCCAACAUGGGUCUAAAAAUUUACAAGUCGGCAGCUCAGAGCUUUCUGCAGACCUCCUUCGGACGGUACGACUACGACAAGAUCGUGGCCCCCGAGGACCUGAGCUUCUACGCUGGCCUCUGCGCCCUGGCCACCUACGAUCGGGAGAAAUUACAACUAAACGUCAUCAACUCGGAGGCUUUCAAGCCCUUCUUCCAGCUGACCCCCAAGAUGUGGAAUAUCCUGGCCAAGUUUUACGAGGGUCAGUCCGAGGUUUGUGAAGAGCUGCUCCGCGAGAUUGAGGACCAAAUACGGCUAGAUGUCUAUCUGGCGCCCCAUGUCGAUAAGCUAUACGAGAUGAUCAUUAACAGACUUCCCAAGAAAAAGGAAAAGAAAGCAAAGUACGAGUAUUUGAAGAGAUACAGUACAACCUCAUCAGCCACAUAAUGAAGGCAGGUGGACGGAGGAGUAGCCACAAUCUUAAAGGAUAGACUCCAAGCUAGGUUCCUUU